CGGCUGGGAGCGCCGCGGGAGCGGGCGCCAUGCGGGCCAGCGUCUCCCUGUGCUGGACUGAAGGCCGGGGCCUGGGACUGUCCGCCUGAUGUCAGGAAGCUGGGCCUGGUGUAGGGAGAGGCACGUGGGGAAGCUGGCACCCUUGCACAGCGUGGCCACCUGAGCCCAUCGCCAGCCUCGCGGUCACCGGGGCGAGGACCAUGGCACCCUAGCGGCCCGCCCCAGGAGCGGAUCACCAUGGCAGCUCAGCGGAUCCGCGCCGCCACCGCCAAUGGCCUCCCCCGCUGCAAGUCCGAGGGGACCCUGAUCGACCUGAGCGAAGGGUUCUCAGAGACGAGCUUCAACGAUGUCAAAGUGCCUUCUCCCAGUGCCUUGCUAGUGGACAAUCCCACACCCUUUGGAAAUGCAAAGGAAGUGAUCGCAAUCAAGGAUUACUGCCCAACCAACUUCACCACCCUCAAGUUCUCCAAGGGCGACCACCUCUACGUCCUGGACGCGUCGGGCGGGGAGUGGUGGUACGCGCACAACACCACGGAGAUGGGCUACAUACCUUCGUCCUACGUGCAGCCCUUGAACUACCGGAACUCGACCCUCAGUGACAGUGGGAUGAUCGACAAUCUCCCGGAGAGCCCAGACGAAGUGGCCACGGAGUUGGAUCUGCUCGGAGGGUGGACAGAUAGCCAGGGGUCAAGUAAAACCCACAGUAAUAACCCUUUCUGGAACGGGGUCCAGACAAACCCCUUUCUGAAUGGGAGCGUGCCCGUGGUGCCCGAGUUGACUCCCAAAAACACUGUGGAUCUGCUGCUCUUUGAUACCGGCACGUCCUCCUUCACGGAAUCCAGCUCCGCCACCACCACCAGCACGGGCAACCUCUUUGACGAGCUUCCGGCCUCGCACCAACCGCCCCUCGCCGAGCCGCUGGCCAGGCGGGACAACCCGUUCUUCAGAAGCAAGCGAUCCUACAGCCUGUCGGAGCUGUCCGUCCUCCAGGCCAAGUCCGACGCCCCCGCCUCGUCAGGGUUCUUCACUGGCUUGAAGUCGCCGGCCCCUGAGCAGUUCCAGAGCCGGGAGGACUUCCGCGCUGCCUGGCUGAGCCACCGGAAGCUGGCCCGCUCCUGCCAUGACUUGGACCUGCUGGGCCAAAACCCGGGGUGGGGCCAGACCCAGGCGGUGGAGACAAACAUCGUGUGCAAGCUGGACAGUUCAGGGGGUGCUGUGCAGCUCCCCGACACCAGCAUCAGCAUCCAUGUGCCCAAAGGCCAUGUGCCUCCCGGGGAAACCCAGCAGAUCUCCAUGAAAGCCCUGCUGGACCCCCCGCUGGAGCUCAACAGCGACCGCUGCAGCAGCGUCAGCCCGGUGCUGGAGGUGAGGCUCAGCACCCUGGAAGUGAAGACCUUCCUCAUCCUGGAGAUGAAAGUCUCAGCGGAGGUGAAAAGCGACAUUUUCAGCAAAAGCACAGUGGGGCUCCAGUGCCUGCGGAGCGAUACCAAGGAGGGGCCCUACGUCCCCAUCCCGCUCACCUACAGCUACGGGGACACGGUCCAGGUGCAGCUGGACAACCUCGAGCCCUGCAUGUACCUCGCCAUUGUUGCCCACGGCCCGAACAUCCUCUACCCGUCCACGGUGUGGGACUUUAUCAACAAGAAGGUCACGGUGGGCCUCUAUGGCCCCAAACACAUCCACCCCUCCUUCAAGACGGUGGUGACCAUUUUUGGGCACGACUGUGCGCCGAAGAUCCUCCUGGUCAGCGAGGUCACCCGCCAGGCCCCGAGCCCCGCCCCGGUGGCCCUGCAGCUCUGGGGUAAGCACCACUUCACCUUGUCCAGGCCCCAGGACCUCAAAGUCUGCAUGUUUUCCAACAUGACGAAUUACGAGGUGAAAGCGGGCGAGCAGGCCAAGGUGGUGCGGGGCUUCCAGAUGAAGCUGGGCAAGGUGAGCCGCCUGGUCUUCCCCAUCUCCUGCCAGAACCCCGGCGAGCUCUCCGACUUCACCCUGAGGGUCCAGGUGAAAGACGACCAGGAGGCCAUCCUGACCCAGUUUUGUGUCCAGACUCCACAACCGCCCCCCAAAAGUGCCAUCAAGCCGUCUGGGCAGAGACGGUUUCUCAAGAAGAACGAGGUGGGGAAAAUCAUCCUGUCCCCGUUCGCCGCCACCGCCAAGUACCCCACCUUCCAGGACCGGCCGGUGUCCAACCUCAAGCUCGGCAAGCUGCUGAAGACCGUGGUGCGGCAGAGCAAGAACCGCUACCUGCUGGAGUACAAGAAGGGGGACGCCAUCGCCCUGCUGAGUGAGGAGAAGAUCCGGCUCAAGGGGCAGCUGUGGACCAAGGAGUGGUACAUCGCCUACCACCAGGGCAGGGUGGGCCUCGUGCACGCCAAGAACGUGCUGGUGGUGGGCGCCGCCCGGCCGGGCCUGCUGGCGGGGCCCGAGCUCAGCACCUCGGUGCUGCUGGAGCAGAUCCUGCGGCCCUGCAAGUUCCUCACCUACAUCUACGCCUCCGUCAGGACGCUGCUCAUGGAGAACGUGGGCAGCUGGCGCUCCUUCGCCGACGCCCUGGGCUACGGGGACCUGCCGCUCACCUUCUUCUGCCGGGCCGAGCUGGACAGCGAGCCCGAGCGGGUGGCCUGUGUCCUGGAGAAGCUGAAGGAGGACUGCAACAACGUGGACAACAAGGACCACACGUCCUUCCAGAAGGAGCUCGUGAUGGCCUUGCUGAAGAUGGACUGCCAGGGCCUAGUGGUCAGGCUCAUCCAGGACUUCGUGCUCCUGACCACGGCCGUGGAGGUGGCACAGCGGUGGAGGGAGCUGGCCGAGAAGCUCGCCAAGGUCUCCAAGCAACAGAUGGACGCCUAUGAGUCUCCCCACCGGGACAGGAACGGGGUCGUGGACAGCGAGGCCAUGUGGAAGCCUGCCUACGACUUCCUCCUGACCUGGAGCCACCAGAUCGGGGACAGCUACCGGGAUGUCAUCCAGGAGCUGCACACGGGCCUGGACAAGAUGAAAAACCCCAUCACCAAGCGCUGGAAGCACCUCACGGGGACACUGAUCCUGGUGAACUCCCUGGACAUCCUGAGAGCCGCUGCCUUUAGCCCUGCGGACCAUGACGACUUCGUGAUCUGACAGGCGCCCACCUGCUCUCUGGGACACCCCUCCCUCCACCCUGGGUGCCCGGCAGGCCCCGGAGCUGGAGGAGGAAGCCUCGGCUGCUCAGACAGGGUCCCUCCAGGCUGGACCCACCAGAGGACCAAGCACACGCCAUGCCCCGCCCGGCACCGCCAGCUCAGGGGGGUCUGAAGGGAACUGCCACUGCAGGUUGUUGCCAAUCCAGUAGCUUUCUGUUUGUUAAGUAUGAAUAUAAAUUGGAAUCUUUUUUUUUUAAGUAUGGGGAGGGGACUUGGGAGAAAGGUGGCGUCUGAUUUUUUAGUGUAUCAUAAAGGGUUCAAAAAAAUACUCCAUGGGGCAGAUGCUGUUGAGGUUUUUAUGUUCUAUGAAAACCUUUUUAAAUUAUGUUACCAAUGUAUAUAUGUAUUUAAAUAACACUGGGGGCAUUUCUGAUUCCCAGCCACACCUUCAUUUCAACACAGCACGGAAGGCACUUGUUCGUGUGUUGGGCCUCCGUUGCUCCUACUGUAACAGGAAAUCAAAAGCAAAUGUGGUUUCCAGUACAUGAGUAUAGCUCAGCCCACCUACUCUUCCUGGGAAUGUCCUGGGUCCUGCUCUCCCCUCCAUUUUAUCUACUGUACUGUGGCCUCUGGGCUCCAGGUGCAGUGAACGGGUCCACGGCACAGGUGACCUUAGUGAGCUUUAACAGCAAAUCUCAAUCCGACAGGAGACACGAGUUGCCCUGAGGUGAGAAGGCAGCUGGGAGUGGACACCCGCUGUGCCUGUGCGGGGGUCAUUCGCAGAGGGGCGCCCUCGAGGGAGGAAGGGAGGCUGCAGCUCCGAGGCAUGGGCGGCCCCAAGGGCGCUCUGUGGACAAGGAGUCAGGUCACAGGUGCACUGGUGCUGCCCACAGGGCCCAGGCUGCAUCCGCCAGACUGUCCACUUCAUUUCAUCUGAUUGUCCCUCCAUCCUGGUAUGCUCUGUCUCCUGGGAGACAGGGUAGGGAGACCAUCUUUUUGUGCGACAGAGUGACUGUCUGAAAGGGAAAAUAUUUUCUGGAAAUGAAAUGUCCCCCACGUUAGACAGGGGCUUGCGGAGGGUGGCAUGAGCCCCUCGGAGGUGUGUGCCAGCCUGCCAUGUGGCUUCCCUGCGGUUGUGGCAUCUCACAAGGAAGUGAGGAAGGGAGGGCCAGGGCUGGAGAAGCGCCUGGUGAACCCCUGGACACAGGGUCUCCGGACACGCACCAAGGACGUCCUGCCCAUGGGCGAGGUGAUGUUGGCCAUGUGGGAUCUUGGCCUCGUGCCCGAAUCUGCCUCCCUGGACCUGCCCGUGAUCUAGUGUGAUCACUGUAUCUUCCCUGUUGGGCUGAAACGUACUCAUUUCUCUACCGAGUCAGAUGCUGACGACCAACCGGGUCGAAAACAAUGAUGAAAACAAAAACUGCUAUUUUAUGCUGUGAGAACCAAGACACACAGGUCCCCGAUCAUCACACAAAAUCACCUCAAAUCCGCUUCUCCACCUUCAUUCCCCCCUAGAAUCAUCUCUUACCUUUUCCCCAAAAAAGAGACAAGACCGAGUUGCACCUUAAACCGCAGAUCUCUUUCCUCAGGGGCUUGAAAUAGUUUCCUAUGCAACCUGUGUUGUAGCACAAAUUCAAUCCUACAAGAGUUGCAGUAAAUUUUAUUUGGAUAUUUUAACCUGUUCAGUGAGUGUGUUUUUCUGUACGCAACCAACUUUAAAAAAAGUAAGUCUCUGCAUGGACAGCGGCCCCUCCCCCGAGCAGUCACCCCGGGCAGUGUGAGGGCUGCCUCAGCAGAUGUUUGUUUUCUGGCUGCUUAUUUAAUGACUCUGGCCAGGAGAGGUCCUGGUCAGCCCUGAGAGUGAGAAGCGUUGUCCAGAGGGCCAAAGGGUGCAGGUGUAGGGUUUGCGCUGCCCUCGUCCACCCUGGAACUGGCCUCCCCUGGCCCACAGCCCAGCACUUAGGGCAGAGCCUUUCCUGGAUGCCCAGCAUGUUCCUUCGGGUGCUGGUUGCAGCAGGUGGGCCUCCCAUGGCCCUGCCCUUGCCCUGCCCUAGGAGUCAAAAUUUGGCAGGGCAGGAAGCAGGGGGAGUGGGCAUUGUGGCAAACCUCCUUGAGAAAGUGACUUGAACCCAAGGUCAGGCCGGACCUGGGGACUGGGUGGAGACAGCUGACCCCUCCGCGGGGCUGGGAC